AUGGUGGAGGGCAAGAAGGAGUGGAAUGAAGACUUAAUCAGGCCCAUUUUCAGGGAAGAGGAGGCAAAUCAAAUAUGUUGUAUCCCCUUGAGCAGAAAGGAGGUUGAAGAUAAGCUAAUCUGGGGCCCCUCAAACAAAGGCUUGUUUAGUGUGAAAAGUGCCUAUUUUCUAGAGAAAGAAAGAUCAAGCAGGGGGCAAGGGGAGUCCUCUAGGGGUAUCGAGGCAGAUGAUCAAUGGAAACAUAUUUGGAGCAUGAAUUUGCCUAGUAAAAUGAAGUUGUUUAUAUGGAAAGCAGGAAAUAAUCUGUUGGCCACAAAAAGCAACUUAGUUGCUCGAAAAAAAUGGAACACUAAAGAAGAUGAUUUUUUGGGUUUAUGGGCAAAGAUUUCAUCUAAGCUCAAUAAAUCUGAAACAGAAGAGGUGGUUGCUGUUAUGAGGAACUUGUGGAUCAGAAGAAACAAGUUUAUUUUCGAACAGAAAUUUGCUAGUCCAAGUUGUGUUAUCAGAUUAGCAAAGGAAGACCUGAAUGAGUACUAUGCAACUCAGUCUAAACCAGAGGGAUUGAAUAGUACACAAGUGAGGGAGAAAAAUGGGUGUCCACCAGAGCAAAAUAUGGUGAAGGCCAAUUGGGAUGCAGCUUUUGAUGCUAAAGCCAGGAAGGUGGGUGUGGGAGUGAUAAUCAGAAACGAAAGGGGAGAGGUUAUGGUAGCCUGUCAUGAGCAGAAACUAAAUGUUGCAGAUCCAGUUACAGCUGAAUGCUAUGCAUUUAGAAAAGCCAUGGAUUUGUGUAGAGAUUUAUACUUUGAUAAAGUCAUUUUCGAGGGUGAUGCUCAGGUUAUCAUAAAUGCAGUAAAUGUGCAAGUGGAGGAUCUAUCAUAUGUUGGUAGUCUAGUUGAAGAGCUGAGGAGGAGUCUCAAGAGAUGCAAUGAAUGGAGGGUACAAUAA